AUGAGUAGUGCCAUCCAAGGUCUGAAAAACAUAUUGCUUGAGUUAGAGUCAUACGACGAAUUACAGCUGCCUCCUUACCGGCAGGACGAGGUUCGAGCCGCGGAGACGGCCCUCGCUUCUGCACGAGUGGAUUAUCGAGCAUUGUUGUUGCACCAUAAGAUGAGUGUCGAGAAAUGUAUCGAAUCUCUGGAGCGAGCUGAGAUCAGUAGAGGCGAGGGCCAAGGUAACCGAGUCAAUUCGGGCGAGGACGAAACCCGUCAGCCUCCUACAGUUGAGGAACUGAAGCGGUUGUGUGUAAUGCCGGAUGUGGCGCUAUGUGUCAUGACCAAUUUAAACGUACCGCACGACUUGUCAAUGUCGCUCUGA